GGCGGAAUGCGGGGACACGGGGUUGGGUGGCCGUGGGAAUAGCGCGCAUCCCGCCACCUCGGGCAGCUCCCUUCUGGGGAAAAUAGCAGUUCCGGGGGACGGAGGGAAGCCCUUAGAGCUCGCUUCCCCGUCGAUGGUCCCAGCUUGGAUCUUUGGGGCUGUGUUCACACAACCUACUGAUUCUGGUUAGGGAAAGAAUGCCGGUUCUGGGCUGCGACGACUCCUUGAGCCACACCUGGCUGCCACAAAAUGCUCAUUCACAAAAAACGAAGCAAAAUUACCAUUAACCGAGGUUAGGAUGUCGUGGGAAUGCGACCUCUGAGUCUUUACUGGACCUGUUGAAGAGUAUCAUGUGAAUCGAGUCAAUAGGGUGUUAAUUAAGGGUCUUUUCGAUAUUGGUAUUAACUUAACUGACCCUAUGUUCAGAGGCAUGUACAGAGGUACUCGAAAACAUCAAGAUGACUUCUUGGAUGUAAUAGACAGAGCAAUCAAAAUUGGGGUUCAAAAGCUCAUCAUCACAGGUGGGAGUUUGCAAGAUAGUAAAGAUGCCUUGCGGCUGGCCCAAACCAACGAAAUGUUUUACACCACGGUUGGCUGCCAUCCCACUCGCUGUGGAGAAUUUGAUCAGGGUGAUCCUGACCAGUACCUAGCCGAGUUGCAAGAUUUAGCUGAGAAAAACAAAGGGAAAGUUGUCGCAGUUGGAGAGUGUGGCCUGGACUUUGACAGAUUAGAAUUCUGCCUCAAAGACACCCAACUCAAGUAUUUUGAAAAACAAUUUGAUCUGUCUGAGCAAACCAAAUUGCCAAUGUUUUUGCACUGUAGGAAUUCACACCCGGAAUUCAUAGAUAUAAUGAGACGAAACAGAGAGAGAUGUGCAGGAGGAGUGGUUCACUCUUUCGAUGGCACUAAAGAAGAAGCAGCAGCUGUAAUAGAUCUGGAUCUUUAUAUAGGGAUAAAUGGCUGUUCUCUGAAAACUGAAGCCAACCUAGAAACAGUGAAGUCAAUUCCCAGUGAAAGGUUAAUGAUAGAGACAGAUGCUCCCUGGUGUGGAGUGAAAAACACCCAUGCAGGCUCAAAAUUUGUAAAAACCACAUUUCCGACAAAAAAAAAAUGGGAAGUGGGACACUGCCUGAAAGACAGAAAUGAACUUUGCCAUAUAAUCCAGAUACUGGAAAUACUAGCAGCAGUUCGUGAAGAGGAGCCAUUAGAACUGGCCAAUAUUAUAUAUAACAACAGUAUUAAAGUUUUCUUUCCAGAUAUGUAAAUCCAGUUAAUUCUAUUCAUAAAAUAAAAUAAGUCUACUCCCUAAUUCUGAAAUCAUUAUUUAGAAGCA